AUGGCCCCCUAUCCUCUUUGUGCUGCCUGUGAUGCGGCUGUGUCGCAUGCCGUCAGCGAGCGUGAAGGCAGUGGUCAGCAUAUGCAAGAGGUUCAUGGUUCGAAGCUGCAGCCAGGGUGCCCUCUUUGUCAACUCAAACGUGAUUGCUGUCCCGGAGAGGACAAGACUCGGCUGAUCAACACGAAGUCAUCUUUCAAGGGCAUUGCAAAAGUUUAUAAGGACGAAUUGAGUGCCAAAGCUUCCCGCAUACGAUCUAUGCAUAAAACUGUGAAGAAAAUGGUUGAUUGGGCCAAUGACAAGACGGCUCGUUCAAACUGUUCCUUUCAAAUGCCAGUCGCUUGGUUGAGACCUGUCUGGUUGAACGUACAGAAUGCAGGCUAG